CCCGCAGCCAGACUUCUCCCGCGGGGUUACUGCUUCACCCUCUUGCCGGCGCCAUGACCCAGGAACGGGAGCCGCUCCUCCAGAACGGCGGCGCCGGCAAUGCCGCCACGGUCAAGGGCUCGCCCGCUCUGCUGCCGUCGCUCUCCAGGUCCGUGCUCAAGUUCCUCAUGUGGGCGGUGUUCCUCACCUGGGCCGGGGGGAUCUUCCUCUACCCCACCAAGCCCGUGCAGGCGGCGUUCAGGGAGUGGGCGGCCGUCAGCAAGAACUCCAUAUUUGGCAUCACCGGGACCGUUUUUGUUGCCUUCAGCGCGCCGAUUCUGAUCGUGGCAGCUCUGGCCUAUGUGUACAUCUUCGCCUUCCCUCGCGAUCACGUGGAAAAGAAGAAGCUGAGGUCACUGAGUUUCCGUCUCUGGACUUUUCCUGUUCUGGUGGAUGGCCCGUUCGGGGUUGUCUCCGCUGUUGAAUUUAUCGGGAUUGUCCUGUUCAUCGUUUAUGUUGUCUUCUCGAUGACCUAUUAUGUCGUGGAGAGCGUGAGCCUUGUCUCAAAAUCUCACUUGCCGCCGACUAUUAGCAGUGAGUUGAUACUGGCUACAGUGGGCGCCCGUUUGGGGUUAGUUGGGAUGUUUUGCAUGACCUUCCUCUUCCUGCCUGUCUCGAGGGGUUCAGUUCUUCUCCGGCUUAUCGACAUUCCGUUUGAGCAUGCUACUAGAUACCAUGUCUGGUUGGGGCAUCUAACAAUGGCUCUGUUUACACUGCACGGCCUGUGCUAUGUUAUCACAUGGUUCCUCGAGGGACGCCUAAUUGAAGAAAUAAUCCAAUGGAAGGAAAUCGGAGUGGCAAACUUAGCCGGUGUGAUCAGCUUGGUGGCUGGUCUGCUGAUGUGGGUGACAUCACUUCACCCUGUACGGAAGAGGUUCUUCGAGCUCUUCUUCUACACCCACCAGCUCUACGUGGUCUUCAUCGUGUUUCUGGCACUCCAUGUCGGCGACUUCGUAUUCAGCUUUGCAGCUGGCGCCGUCUUCCUCUUCAUGCUCGACCGCUUCCUGCGGUUCUGGCAAUCAAGGGCCAAAGUCGACAUUGUUUCUGCCGCCUGCCGCCCCUGUGGAACUGUGGAGCUAGUCUUCUCAAAGCCAGCAAGUCUCCGGUACAGUGCCCUCAGCUUCAUCUUUGUUCAAGUGCGGGAGCUGUCGUUCUUGCAGUGGCACCCGUUCAGUGUAUCUUCCAGCCCAAUGGAUGGAAGGUACCACAUGUCGAUCCUCAUAAAAGUUCUUGGCACAUGGACUGACAAGCUAAAGAGCAUCGUCACUGAUGUCGAGGAGAAUAAGACCAGAAGCGACUCAGAUCAGACACAUACCGGUCGCAUUACCGCCUCCAUCGAAGGGCCGUAUGGGCAUGAAUCACCCUACCACCUGAUGUACGAAAAUCUCAUCCUGGUGGCAGGAGGCAUUGGUAUAUCGCCCUUCUUGGCGAUUUUGAGCGACAUAAUCCACAGGAUCGAGCAAGGUAUGCCAUGCGCGCCUAAGAACGUGUUGGUCCUGUGGUCAGUUAAGAAGUCAACAGAGCUUUCUCUCCUGUCGGCCGUUGAUGCUCAGAACAUCAGUUCAUCUGUCUCUGAGAAGUUGCAUCUGGACAUUCAGGCCUUUGUGACACAGGAAUCAGACCCUCCAUUGGAAGACGGCAUUGUUGAGGCUGAGCAGAAAGCCCCUGGCAUAUUCGUCAAGAACGGGGCGGCCAUGUCCGGGCUGGUCGGCACCGGUGACAACUUCUGGGCCGCCAUGUACUUCGCGGCGUCCACCCUGGGCGCCGUCCUGGCGUACGCGCUGGUGCAGCUGUACUACGUGAAGCGCUUCAACGUGUACGCCUGGUGGCACCUGGGCCUCCUGCUCCUGCUGUGCAUGGCCGCCGGCGUCGCCCUCCCCGGGGGGCUCGUCGUCCUCCUCUGGCACCUCGCUGAGAAGCGGAGGGUGCAGGAUGACAGGUGGGACACCGACGCCAGCACUGCCAAGGACGGUGCCGAGGACGAACAGACAACGAACGGAGCCGCUGGCGAAGACGCCGCCUCGGCAGCCAGCGUCGCCACCCUGCGGACAACGCGGUAUGGGUGCCGGCCGAAGUUCCAAGCCGAAUUCAUGGCGUUCGCGGAGCGGGCUGGGGGCGCGGCAGCGGACGUGGGCGUGCUGGUGUGCGGGCCGCCGGGGCUGCAGACCAGCGUGGCCAGGGAGUGCAGGUCGCAGAACCUUCGGCGCGGCGGCGGAAAGAACGGCGCUGUGUUCCAUUUCAACAGCCACAGCUUCGAUCUAUAAGGCGCUCUAGCCGAACCUAACUAGGUACUGGUGAGUACGUAGUACAUACUGAUAGUGCUUACCAGUUCUCUACAGAACUGUAAUUAUGCUACCGCUUAUAGCCGAUGUACGGAUGAGCUAGACGUGUACCGUCAGCCAUGUCGCGAACUCAUGGCGUUAUUAUGGGUCAUGUCUGUAACUCUGUAUAUAUGCUUGUAUGCGCCCGAAUAUAUGUAAGCAGGAAGGCAAAUUGAUGAUCCCGUGAAUAUAAUUUUCAUCUAUGCGGGCACA